AUGCAGGAAAAGGUAAGUAACUUUGAUGACCACAUGUGCGAUCUGGAAAAGAAGAUUAAAGACAUCGAAACAGCUUUCCAACCCAUCCUUCUUUCCAAGGAAUCCCACAAAAGAUCGUUGCCUGAAGAUAGUUUUCUUAAGAACAUAUAUCUUGUGUUGAUAAUUGUGUUAUGCAUACAGGGUGUUCUCUGGUACACAGACAAUGAAAAGUCUUCUGCUGGAACUGUGUGGAACAUGGUAGUGUACUCUGUGGCAGUUGUGGGGACGAUUCUGUACAUGGCCUGGGUGUGGGGAUUUGGCGGAAGGAGAUGGACUAGUGUUGCGAGCAUGGUACCUAUGAUGGUUGGAUUUCUGAAUUUGGGGAAGAGGGUGAGCUGUGAGUACGGGAUGGAGAUGGCAGGGCUUGGGUUUAUGAUGGUUUGUAUGGAGAGUCUUGCAAGACACGGGAUGUCAUCAUGGGAGAUUUUGGCAGGAUUGAUUGGAAAUGGAAUUGUAGUGAUGGGAUGGGUCAGUUGGGCUACAAUGAGGGAUAGAUAUGGAGAGAGGAUGGGCCAGUGGAUGUGUGGGGGACUUAUUGUGUUUGGAAUUCUCAUGGCUGUGAUGAUGUAUAUGAAGGAAGGGAGAAAUGUGGAAAGGAGCACUGGAAGUUAUAUGGUGUUUAUUAUGACAGUGGUUGUUGGAACAGCUGUGUCUUAUGCAUGUGGAGAGGAUUACAGACAACUUGCAACUAAGAGGUUGUUCCAAAGACCUCGGAUUGUGGAAAGUAAAUGCCAGAAUCCAAUUUAA